AUGCCGUACCAACCUCUCGAAACUGGUCGCUCAACAUACCCCGCCUACCCCUCGUCAGCCCCUUCGUACGACUCGCCCGACGCAGGAGGGAUUCGACCAGUCUCGUAUAACGACGCCUACGACGACGCAGCGUUCAUCGGCGACGAGGGAGCGGGAGGAGCGAGGCCGCCUUCGUUUCACUCGCACGACGGGGAGCGGGUCAGCGGGAUGAACGGUGGAGCAGGCGUGUACCUGGGCGAGGCCUACGACUCGGGCAUCAUCUACGACAGCGUCCCUCAGACCGAACCGCUCAACCUCCGCAGUCCUCCUCCAGCUCCUGCCGCACGACGAAGCGUCUACGAACCCGACCUCGACUUGCACCUCGACAGUCGCGGCGCAACUCCGCAGUAUCCUCGACGACGAGGAGCCGCACGCGACGAGCGAGACUGGGAGGAGGACGUGAAGAACCCGGAGGACUUUGAGGACAGCUUCGAGGCGGGUGAGGGGGACGACUCGCGCUUGGACGAGUAUGGCGGACACGGUGCAGCCGGAGAGGGUCAGGAAGAGGACGAUGGACUGCACAGCCCGGCGAUCAGCUUCAAGGGCGGAUUCGGCGCUCCUCCGCAAACUGCACACACUCGCCGCAGGAACGUCCAGCAGCGCCGCGUCAAGCUCACCGAGGGCAACCUCGUCGUCCCCUGCUCGAUCCCCUCCCGUCUCCUCAGUUUCCUCCCUCGCAAAGAUUCGGACGAGUUUGUCACGACUCGGUACACGGCGGUGACCUGCGGGCCAGACGAAUUCAACGACAAGAGCUACACGCUCCGCCCGACGCUCUACAACCGCCAGACCGAGUUGUUCGUCGUCAUCACGAUGUACAACGAAGACGAGGAGCUCUUCUGCCGCACUCUCCACGGUGUUAUGAAGAACGUCGCGCAACUCUGCAAGCGGAAGAAGUCGGCCACCUGGGGUCCAGAAGGCUGGAAGAAGAUCGUCGUUUGCAUCGUCGCAGACGGUCGCAAAGCGGUUCACCCGCGCGUGCUCGACUGCCUCUCCGCUCUCGGCGUCUACCAACCGAGCGUCAUGACGAACGCUAUCGACAACCAGCCUGUCGCAUGCCACCUCUUCGAGAACACGAUCCAGAUGAGCAUAGCGCCUGACUUGACCUUCCGUGGGCUCGAGAAGGGCAUCAUGCCUUGCCAGGUCAUGUUCGCGUUGAAAGAGAAGAACGCCAAGAAGAUCAAUUCGCAUCGCUGGGCGCUGCAAGCCUUCGCGCCGCAGCUCGACCCUCGCGUUGUUGUUCUCCUCGAUGUCGGUACGAAGCCGGCCGCUGGGUCGCUGUACAAGUUGUGGAAGGCGUUUGACAUGAACUCAAACGUCGGCGGAGCCUGCGGCGAGAUCGUCGCGAUGAAGGGCAAGUUCUGGCUCGGUUUGCUCAACCCGCUCGUCGCGGCGCAGAACUUUGAGUACAAGAUCUCCAACAUCCUCGACAAGCCGCUCGAGAGCAUCUGCGGCUACAUCAGCGUCCUUCCCGGCGCCUUCUCAGCCUACCGCUACAUCGCGCUCAAGAACGACGAAUUGGGCCACGGACCGCUCGCUAGCUACUUCAAGGGCGAGCAUCUCGCCGGCGUAGAUGCUUCGCUCACAACGUCGAACAUGUACCUCGCCGAGGACCGCAUCCUGUGCUGGGAGCUCGUCGCGAAGCGCGGCGAUGCCUGGGUCCUCAAGUUUGUCAAGUCGGCCAAGGGCGAGACGGACGUCCCGGAUCAGGUCGCCGAGUUUAUCGGACAGCGCCGUCGCUGGCUGAACGGCUCAUUCUUCGCCGGCGUUUACGCCCUCAUGCACACCUUCCAGCUCUUCCAGACGACUCAUUCGCGCAAGAAGAUCAUCUUCCUCCUCGGCCAAGCCAUCUACAACUUUAUUAACGUCCUCUUCGCGUGGCUCGGGCUCUCGAGCUACUGGAUCUUCUUCAUGGUCCUCACGAAGUCGCUCGAAGACCCGACUUUCCACCUUAAGGGCGUGAGCGUCGUCAAUGUCUUUAUGCAGUACGCGUACAUCGGCGCCGUCAUCGCCUGCUUCCUCAUGUCCAUGGGCAACCGGCCGAAGGCAGCGCGUUGGAAGUACCUCGGUGUCAUGAUCGUCUUUUCGCUCACGACCGCGUACAUGAUUGGCGCCGCCGUCUUCUGCGUCUACCAAGCGGUCAAGCAGUCUGCGGACAGCCUCAUCAUGGCGCAGAUCUGCAUCUCGCUCGCUUCGACCUAUGGCUGCUACCUUGUCGCCAGUCUCAUUGCAGGCGAUCCCUGGCACAUGGUCACCUCGCUUCUCCAGUAUCUCCUCCUCGCGCCGUCGUACAUCAACCUGCUCAACAUUUACGCCUUCGCCAACCUCCACGACUUCAGCUGGGGAACGAAGGAGCAGACGACGUCCGAGAUUGAUCUCGGCAUCACGAAGAAGGUUAACCAGAACGAGGUCGACAUGGCGUUGCCGGCGGAUCAGUCGGACAUUGACAUCCUGUACGACCGCUCGCUGCACAACCUCAAGACGCGACCGAUGAUCAUCCCGCCGCCUCUCUCGGACAAGGCGAAGACCGAAGCCGUCAUGGACCGCUAUCAGAGCAUCCGCACCAACAUCCUCCUCUCUUGGGUUCUCUCGAACGCCGUCCUCAUCGCGACCAUCCUCAACGGUGAUUACAGCGGCAGCUUCAGCUCGAGCAGCGGCAACACUCGAGCGAAAGUCUACCUCGUCGUCGUCCUCAUCUGCGUCGCCAUCCUCUCGCUCAUCCGCUUCCUCGGAUCGACCGCCUACGUCGUCGACGGCUACGUCCGCUUCAUCGGCCACCAGGUCCAGCGCCGCCUCUUCGCUCGCCGCCAAGUCAGCCAGCAGAACCACCUCCGCCGCCGUCCCGUCCUCAGCGAAGCUGGAACGGAGAUCAAGAGCGAGAAGGGGGUUGUGCCGGCGGAAGACUCGGCGAGCAGCUACGUCGAGUCGAGCGGGUCGUCGUCAGUCGUCGACGGACCGAGGCCGGACGGAGCAUGGUUCGCGAGGCGUUGA